CAUGCACAUACAUUAUACUUGUCUAGACCUGCAAUGUUCCCAUGGCAAAACGCCGCUUCAAGAUCAUUGCACUGGUUUUGUCCAUUCUAGUUGGCAAGUUCUUCUUGGCUUUCUUUGAGAUACCUCGAACGACGCAAGACAGAUACAAGCGUUCAAGCAAGACUGCAAGGUCCGCAGAGGCUCCUUGGUUGGCAGCAUGUCUUGACCCAAUUGUCAAUGUGGCAGGGAUAUCAUUGAAGGACAUUGGAAAGCAAGUUUUGGAUGCAAACAAAAAUUUUCGUCCGAUUGCAAAGCUGAAACUAUUGGAGGAUGUCUAUGAAGCCCACCACCACGCAAGACUCCUUGCGGAUAAACUGAUGGAUAGAGCCAAGAUGUCACAGGAAGCCCGAAACAUCUUUGUGCCCAGCAUCUCAAUACCACUCAUCCCCGUGAAUGCCACAGAGUUUCAGCAUUUGGUGACGAGUGUGCUAUCCGAUGCGACCUCCACGGGAGUCUCUGCGAUUCAUGCUGAACCCGGCACGGGCAAGUCGGUUGCGGUAGCUUUAGCCAUGCUGACGUGGGCAAAACACAACCCAAAGUGCAUCACUGUUUUGAUACAAGAAAACCUGAAUCUUCUCAAAGAUUUCUUUCGAGUUAGCGAUGAAGCCUACGUGCCGGCUGUCGCAGCAAACCUUUUUCGAAUCUUGUCAGAUGCGGGAGUUCGCUUGCAAGUGGUUCUUGACAACAUCUUUGACAAUAGAAUCGGUCAGGAUGGGCAGAUGUUGAUUAGCCUUGCCCGCGCCGCCUUCUUACAUGGACAAGUUGUGGUCGUCACGCAGUCGCGUGAAGUCGCUGAGGAAGUUGGUUUGCUCAAUGGGGCACGAACACGUGUAUCGCCACAGCAGAAGUGCAAUGUCAGCAAGUACAGAUGGAAUGAGAUACAGGCAUACAGACUCCUUCUGAAUUUGAACGCAACUGCAAAGCUGAAGGACUAGAGAAAGUCCCGCAGAAAAAGCUGGUGGCGCAAGAUGUUACAUGCAUUCACGAGAACCACCAAGGAGUCGGAGGACACAGUCCAGAGAGCCUUAAAUGAAUCCCUCAAAGAGUUCAAGCAGGAUGAGGCUUGGGUGCAGGAAAAUUUGGAAGGGGCAAGGAUGCCUGACGGUGGAUGGAGGCCAGUGGAUAUCAAGCAAUUUCUGCUAUCAGGCAUCAAACCAGUCUGAAUCCCAACUGUUGCAGGUGCCACCUCUCCAACUCAGACCAAAGCUGUUUGGGUGAGGCAACUGCAAAAGGACGGUGAUACAUUCAAGCAGAUUGGCAACCCGUUCCAAGUCACCGGAGAGCUGGCAGACGUUGAUGACCUCAAAGAAGGCAUCAAGAAGAGGGCGGAACUCUCCAUUGCGUCUUUCAAGAUUGACAUCUACAGCUCGAAGGAUGGAAAGUGGAUAAAAGAAGAAAAGUCGGCAAGCCUUCGCGACACGGAUGAGACAGAUUGCUAUAGCUUCACAUUGCCAUCAGCGUGAGUGAAACCAAUUGAGAGCAAGGGUUCCCAAUAGUUUCACCGAAUUCCAUCUUUGGAGUAAAUGUAGAGUGGAUGUCGCUGUGGCAUGACCGUGCAUCACUC